CUGAGUCCUAUGUUAGUUUAGCUCCAGGAGCCAAGUCUAGACAAACAAGCUUAACUAUCACAUUAAAGUUGCCCAGGUAGAGCCGCACGCGGAGCCGGACGAAUCAGGUCGCAAGCUAUAGUGUUUAGGACAUGGGAGAGGUCCUCGAUCUUGGCGCUUUGAAGAUUGACCGGAUGGACGACCAUCCGGAGGGAAGAAGGAGAUCAUGAGAAUUAUCGGGCAGAGAGCAUGUCGUUAGAUCGCCGCCUAGGUAAGAAGUAUAUAUAGAGAAUGAUCUCCUUUGCAGUGAAUAUGAUCUUCUUAUGAAUACCGUCGUAUGAUCGCGUUCUGGUAGAUCAUACCGCUUCAUUCUCCCUCUCCUUCAUUUUUUUCUUCGACGCCCAAGAGGCAGUCUUGAUUUCCGUUCUUUAUACAUAAUAAUAUUAUCACAGUCCUUUGAAAGGCCUUUCUUAUUCAUUCCUUCUUGCUUCUGGAAAGCCAAACUUUCAACAUGCGUUUCACUCAAGCUUGUAUGGCCUUGAUGAGCCUGUCGUCGCUCGCUGCGUCGGCUCCGACCGAUGCGCUUAUACCGGCAUCUAAGCGAGGGUUGAAGUGGAGACCACGACGUUCUCCUCUUACUAUCGAGCAAGUAGUGCAAGAGACGAAUAUCAUCGUCGUACAAAAUAAUCAGGCGCAAUUGGAUGCUCUUCAGCAACUAGCCGAGCAGGAGUUGGUUGCACUCGCGCAAGCACAGUUGGCCCUGGUCACUCAGCUAGAAGAUGUCAAGAACAACAUCCGGCUCAACCACUUCAAGGCUCGUUUCUCACAAGUAAAUACUGUGAUCGUUACAGUAUCGACAGUAAUCGAUGCUCGAGCGGGCAAGGGAAAUCAAAUGAGAUACAUGGUGAAUCAGCAACUCGCCGAUAACGGAAAGCCUGAGAGCCAAGUCAUGGUCAUGGUCUCGGACGCGCAGACCAUGACUCUUGGUGCAUCGCAGACAGUCGACCUUGCAGGCGUUGCAGCAGCCACCGCCGCCGCCAGCCAGCCCUCGCCACCCCCCGCACAAAUCGUCAACCAGGACCCCAACGCGCCCUUCGGUAGCGUAGGUCAGAGUAUGCUUCUGCCCAUCGGUGCGCAGGCGCCGUCUAUUGACCUCGUCUUUGUCGACCCGGCCGCCAUCAUUCUUCCUAACCAGAAUACCCUGUUCGUCGAGAGCACCGACAGCUUCCUCCAGGACUGCGGCUUCUACCAGUCUAACAACAACGCGUUUGCCAAUCUGGCAUCGCAGUCGUUCACGUCGUUCGAGCAGAUCACUGUCGCAAAUGGCGCCGUUUCGAUUGUCAAGCAACAGCAGAACCAGGUCAAUGUCGUCGUAUAGGCCUAUACGGGUGAUAUUACGUAGUUGAUUGUUCUACCACGUCAAGCGAGCGAGUCUCGCGGGUACAUUAAUUUGUCCCUUGAUUCAAGAUACCCGCCGUGGAUGUUCAUGUAUAUUUUUUCUUAAUUCACAUUUGGAGGCUACGCGAGCCGAGGCGUCCGGAUGUCCGAAGGAGAUGAGAAGCAUUCUUGCGCCGAAAAGGGUAGU